AUGAGAUAAGUUUUUGGUACAUCGAGAUUUCAGAACCAAUAAUUUAAUCCUUCUUAAAGUGGAGCUAAGUUAGACUCCAAUAUGAAAUUGCACUCUAAUUACAAGAAUAUGGAGUAGCAUACAUUAACUAAGAUUAAUGAAGAAAGACCAUAAACACACCAAACUUUUGGACAUCGUUAUCAUCAACAAGAUUUCGAAUUCUUAAACUUGUAUGAAUCGACGAAACAACUUGCGUCGAUUUAAAUCCAAUAUUGUGAACCUCAUGAAUUGGCGGCCGAUUUGAUUUUAAGGUAUGAUUUAUUUGGAGAUUCCACUUUAAUAGAGGAAUAGAUUAUAGAUGAAUCUAAAAUGGUUUAAUUGAAUAACUUCUGUUAGAUUCCACUAGAAAUGAAGAUGGAAUUUGACUAAUGA